CCACCUGGAGCGUACUUUGAGGUACGGCAAGGAGUUUACGUUAACUUGAACCAGUGAUCAGUUUACGAAUAAUUGAAUACUCUCACUGACUUGAGCAUCAUGGGUCUAGUUGUGGUACUUGUUGCGAUGCUAUGCAUCAGCUUCGUUGCAGCCCAAAGUACCACUGAGGAACCAAUGACAGUGGACACCAUCAUCGACCAGCUUAAGGACAUGGUGAAUGACUUUGUUCGUGACAAAGCAAAGGCUGAAACAUUGGUCGAGAAGAUCGAGAGCGCUCGUGAAUGCCUUAAUAUGACCGGAGGAAUCAGAGAGGAGGUAAUGAAAAAGCUCACCAGCGGUAUCAUCCCGACCAUGACUGAAUGUGCCGGUAGGAUCAAAGACAUAAUGGAAGCUCCAGCAAAAAUACUUGCAAUGAAACAGUGCUUCACUGAAAAAUUACAGGAAUUCAUGAAAUCCAACGGAAUGACACACGAUGAAAGGAGGAUCCUUGACAAUAUCGGAAAAUGCAUCAAAGCAAGUGUUCCGUCUUGAAUCCGGCUGGACUUCGAAAAAGCUGUUGAUUAAAAUCUCAUAACCAACACUCCCUUGUACUUUUUUAACGCAAUACCUUGCGCAAAAAAGGUUGAAUACGCAAUAAAGGUUGAAUGAAAAAAAGAA